AUGAUUGAUCGCUACGAACCGUCUGACCGCCGCGCUUCCCGAGAUGAUUACUAUGCUGCGCCCCGUGAGCAUUCUCUCCGAGAACGUGAGGAUCGCCGCCGUGCUCAUUCCCCAAACGUUGCAAAUAUUGAUCGCUAUGUCCCUGGGCAAGAUUCGGGGAAGCGACCCAUCCCAGCCAAUCCCCUCCCCAAUCCCUUAAGUCUCGAUUUCCAGGUCGGGUUUAACUUUUUCGCGGAGUGGUGGCGCGGUGAACAGUCGAUCAAGGAGGAAAAGGAACGUGCAAAGCAUGGCGGACGUCGCCCAUCAGAUCGUGUCAAGGGAGAACGCGAGGCUCGUGAAGACCGCGAGAGGGAGAGGGCGCAGAUUCAGGACGCUUAUGAUACCUACAAGGUAGAUCUUCAGAUUAAGAUGGCCAGAACAUUCGUACAGCAACAUCGAAGUGAAGAGUGGUUCAAAGAACGUUACGUCCCACAAGUCCGCGAUCCUCUCCGCCGUCGCCUGAUGGACUUCCGUGCCGGAGCUUAUCAACAAUGGGAGCGCGAUAUAGAUGGUGGUUUGUUUGAUGAAUUCACCCUGGAGGGAAUUUAUAAAAGUGAGAGCGACGGAGCAGGUGGUGUCGUCGAGAAGGAAGAAGGCGAAACUACAGCUGUUGGCGAGACGCUCGGUGUCUUGGACUUGCUCCCGACUCGGGGUGGGGAGCUGCGAGAUGAAGCGUUGUCUCAACCGGCUUUGCUUAUUAAGACCUUGGCACCAAAUGUGAGCCGUGAAAAAAUAGAGGACUUCUGCAAGGAGCAUCUGGGAGAGCAAGAUGGCGGAUUCAAAUGGCUUAGCCUUAGCGAUCCAAAUCCUUCCAAGAAGUAUCAUCGAAUGGGAUGGAUCAUGCUACACCCGGCUCCGGAUGUUACCGUGGUAGAGAGAGGGGAUGGAAGAGAAGAGGAAGGUGAGGAUAUAGAGCAUGACAAGGUGGCAAAUGGAGCUGUGAGCGUGACCGCCGCCGAAAAGGCACUCGAUGCGAUCAAUGAUAAGACGAUACAUGACCCAGUUCACGGGGACUUCGUGUGCCAUGUCGGCGUCCAUGUCCCACCGUCCCAACCUCGCAAAAAGGCGCUGUGGGAUUUGUUUUCCGCUCCGGAGCGCAUCGAGCGGGAUUUGGAACUGGCCCGACGACUGGUUUCAACACUUGAUUCUGAGAUGGGUGGAAACGCAGACGGCUAUGCUAAAAUCGAAGAGCGUGUCGAAGAGUUGCGUGGGAAGGGUUGGCUGCAACCUCCAGUCACGGGCCCUGUCAGUGUCAAGAAAAGAAGGAAUGAAUUUGACGCGGAUGAUAUGGAUGAGGGCGAAGCAGAAGAAGGCGAGGAGCAGGAAGGCUGGGAUGAUGACGAAGUGGACGACGAGGAACUCCUCGCGAAGAAGAAGAAACUUGACUUGAUGGUAGAGUACCUGCGUAGGGUCUAUAACUUCUGCUUCUUUUGCGUAUUUGAGAGUGACUCUGUCCAUGAGCUUACUCGAAAGUGCCCCGGUGGCCAUCUUCGUCGGCCACGCGCUGGCCUCACUACACAAUCCAAAGCUGUAGCUCGAGCGAGCGCCCUCGGCCAGCCUUUCCCUACUAAAAAGAAAGAACCGAACGAAGGAGAGGAGCAGUCAUCCGUCGACGAAAAGCGACCGCAACGGUUCAGUUCCAAGUCAGAGCAGCAGCUACAGCGCGCGUUCAACUGGGUUAAGACAUUUGAGGAUAAGCUCCUUCAGAUUCUCGAGCCAGAAAAUGUCGAUAUUCGGAAGUUGGGCGGCAAGCCCGUUGAUGAGGCGUUGGAGGAAGAGUUAGCGAAGUAUGUCAAGCAGGAGGAUGAAUCCAAAUACCGUUGCAAAGUGCCAGAGUGCACCAAACUCUUCAAGGCGGACUAUUUCUGGCGCAAACAUGUGGAAAAGCGUCACGCCGAAUGGUUUGAGAGCAUUAACAGUGACCUUUCCUUGGUGAAUGCCUAUGUCUUAGACCCUGCUCGUAUUGCACCGUCUCGGUCUGACGCAAAUAGUAAUGGCCAUUUCCCUCUCAGCUCCGGCCAAACUCAAGUUGGCACUCCUCGUGGCUUCAGCCUUGCGGCCAUGCCGCCGUACAUUGGGCAUAAUGGCAAUGUGCCUGGGGGUUUCCAGAGUUUACCCGGGGCUGGGCUGUCUAGUAUUAUGGGUGUUGCGAACCAAGCCGGUUCUUGGAGUGGAAAUGGUUUGGUCUCUGGCGAUCAUUCCGGCUUGCAUCAGCCAGGUGCCAUGCGUCGUAAUAACCGCUACAAUAAUCGGCCAGGACCAUAUGAUCGCCGUGGUCCCCGGCAUGCCACUGCAGGAAGCGGUCGUUUGAGCCCAGCUCGUGGUAUACCGAGCUUGUAUGGCUCUGGUGGUCGUCUUCCAGCUAACGCCGGUGUCCCGUAUAUCCCCCCCGGCCACCCUGCUGCGGCAGCCUUUGCUGGUACAGGUGGCUUUGCCGAUGCUAUGGGAGCUGGUACUGCCCAGCAAGCAAUGGGCCCACGAGAAGCCGUUCAAGGCCGCAGCCUUAAGAGCUAUGAGGACCUUGAUGCGGUUGGCGGGACUGGAAGUGGUGAGCUGAACUAUUGA